CUACUAUGGAGUAUGGUGGGGAGAAGACCGAGACACUGGGGAGCGGGUGACACUCAGGAGACUUGCAUGGUACAAGACACAGCAGGUUCUUAAUGUUUGUUGAACGGAAAGGAGAGGAGCGAAGGCUACAACAAUAUUGGGCUCAUACCAUGACGGUAACCAAGAGUUCAUCAUCAUUGUCAUCACACACCGAGUAUUUUCUGAACCUCUAAAUCUUGGGAGAAAGACGGAAGGCCAUCUCAAGUCUCCCUUCUCAGGUCUGACCUCCCCUCUGCUCCCCCUCCUCUUUUCCCCAAUGACGCCUCCUGAAUAAUGUCUCUUGCCAAUGUAUUGAUUGAUACUGGGCUAAAUAGGUGAGUAACAACCCCGAUAUGGGUUCUGGGGGGUGGGGUGGUGAGAGUAGGGACAUAGAUGGCCCUCAGCCUGCCUAUAUAUCCACCUAAGCAUCAUCUCUCUACCUUAGCCUAGCCCAGCCCCCAGAGUGGGCGGGUUCUCAACUCACCCAGCUUGCUGGCUCUUAGAUUUCUCCCAGAGUUCAAGGGUCCAUGAAGCGGAUUUAACAAGUGUGUGCCUGACAGCCAGGGCCCCACGCCCAGGCGAGAGGCAUGGGCUUUGAGGAGAUUCUGAAGGAGGUGGGUGGCUUUGGCCACUUCCAGAUUCGAAAUGUGAUGCUGUUGGCACUGCCCCGGAUCCUGCUGCCUCUGAACUUCCUCUUGUCGAUUUUCAUGGCUGCAGUGCCCACCCACCGUUGUACCCUGCCAGCCCAAGACCCUCUUAACAACCUCACCCAAGAGACAGCUUGGCUGGAAGCCUACUUGCCCCGGGAGCUUGAUGGUAGCCUCAGCUCCUGCUACCGAUAUCUCUACCCACUCUCACUCUCCAACACUAGCUGGGGGGAAGGGCAGGACCAACUUGUGCCAUGUCCUGAAGGCUGGGAAUAUGACCAAUCACAGUUCUACUCCACUAUUGCUACCCAGUGGGACCUAGUGUGCGAGCGAAAGGGACUGAAUCGUGCCGUAUCCACCUUCUUCUUCGCUGGUGUGCUUGUGGGAGCUGUGAUCUUUGGAUACUUGGCUGACAGGUUUGGGAGACGCCCACUGCUCUUGGUAGCCUAUGUGAGCACGCUAGCCCUGGGCCUGGUCUCUGCCAUUGCUGUCAGCUACAUCAUGUUUGUCAUCGCUCACUGCCUCACAGGUGUGGCCCUAGCAGGCUUCACUAUAAUUGUCUUGCCCCUAGAGUUAGAGUGGUUAGAUGUUGAACAUCGCACUGUGGCUGGUGUCCUCAGCAGCACCUUCUGGUCUGUGGGGGUGAUGCUGUUGGCUUUGGUUGGCUACCUGAUACGAGACUGGCGCUGGCUGCUGCUGGCUGUGACCCUGCCCUGCGCCCUGGGCAUCCUCAGCGUCUGGUGGGUGCCUGAGUCUGCCCGAUGGCUUAUGACCCAGGGUAGGAUAAAGGAAGCCCAACGUUAUCUCCUCCAAUGUGCAGCGUUCAAUGGCCGGCCCCAAGCUAGGGAAAAACUAAGCAUUGAGGCCCUGAGUCUGAUGGCUGAAAAGGAAAAGACGGUUAGAAGGCCUUCCUACCUGGACUUGUUCCGGACACCCCGGCUCCGGCACAUUUCCCUGUGUUGCAUGGUGGUGUGGUUUGGGGUGAACUUCUCAUACUAUGGCCUGAGCCUGGACCUGUCAGGGCUGGGGCUGGACCUGUACCAGACGCAGCUGCUGUUUGGGGCAGUGGAGGUGCCCUCCAAGAUGAUUGUCUACCUGUCAGUGCGCUACACAGGGCGCCGCUUCACUCAGGUGGGGACCCUGCUGGGCACUGCCCUCUGUGUGGGCACUAAUCUGCUACUGCCCUCCGAGUCGGUGACGUGGAGAUUAGUCCUGGGAGUGGCUGGAAAAGGCUUUUCAGAAGCAGCCUUCACAACUGCCUUCCUGUUCACAUCAGAGCUGUACCCCACUGUACUAAGACAGACAGGCUUAGGACUGACAUCUCUGGUGGGCCGGCUGGGGGGCUCCCUUGCACCACUGGCCAUGUUGCUGGAAGGGACAUGGCCCCCGCUGCCCAAGAUCACUUAUGGUGGGACUGCCCUUUUGGCUUCGGCCACUGCCCUCCUGCUGCCAGAAACUCGCAAUGCAGAGCUUCCUGAGACCAUUCAGGAUGUGGAGAAAAAGAGGACCUUGUCAGACCUCCAAGAGGAGGGGAUACCCAUGAAGGCACUGCAAGAUUAAGAUGGGAAGAAUCAUGGUAUUGGGCAAAGAGUAACAUGUGGGACCAAGAAUCCUGGCUCUGCUAACUGCUAUGAGGAAUGGCUUCCGUUUCCUCAUCCGCAACAUAAGAGGGAUUAGAUUAGCUCUCCAAGGUCCCUUCCAGCUCUGAAUCCUAUGAUACUAUAAAAAAGCAACAAUACCAUCUCUUUCCAGCAAGGAGUGAUGGACUGACAGACCCCACCCCCACUGCAGGAUGGGGCAGAUCUGCAGCCACAAUGCACCAGGCUAUCCUAACACCCUUAAAGAGUUGGGACCGAGUGGAUAGAGCACCGGCCCUGAAGUCAUGAGGACCUGAGUUCAAAUCCGGCCUCAGACCAAACACUUGACACUUACUAGCUGUGUGACCCUGGACAAGUCACUUAACCCCAAUUGCCUUAAAAAAAAAAGAGUUGGGACAGACUUUAGAGACAGCCUAGCCCUAGCCCCUUGACAUCCCCCAGAGCCUCUGCUUAAAUACCUCUAGUAAGGGGGCUGCCCACAGGUCAUCUCCCUGAUGCCUACUUGAGAUGUGUGGAUAAAAUAGCUCCCAUUCUCCAUUCUGGGGACAGGGUUACUGGGCAAGACGAGGGGGAAAGAAUGUUGGACCAGGAGUCAAAAAAACCUGGUUCUAGUCCCAGUUCUAUUAUGUAGUCUAGUGGACUUAUUUCCUCCCUUACUUGUAGAAGGGGAUAACACCACCUGCCCAGCCUACCUCACAGGGCUGUUGUGAGGAUCAGAAAAAAGAAUACAUAUCAAGUUCUUUGGAAAGUA